AACCUUAGCCCAUACCAAAUCUCUGGGAGAGUUUCCGGCUGCCUGUAUGUCUCUGUGAGUAACCCCAGGCCCCCAACUCUCCAGAGUGGGAUGUUAACCCUGGAACCACUCAGAGAUCAGGUAGGUAGCUGAAGGAAGUUUGAGAAGCACUCUCUGUCUGAGAGUCUACACAUCGUUCUUCGCCUUUCAAGGACUACAGGCUUCCUAUUUGAUACAUCAGAACUGAAGGCUGAAAUUCCUCAAGGAGUCACCCCGGAGCAAACUGUGACCGGCAGAAGGAAGUGACACAUCUGUAUUCCAUCCACUCUCUGCCUCUUUGCCCAUCCUUACCCUCUUCUCACACGCUCAUAGGCACUUAGGCAGAAGCCAUCUCUGUGACUCUGCCAAAGACCACCCUGUUGGUUUUGUAGGGAGAGGAAAAAAGAAAAAAAAAAAAAAGAAUCUGCAGGCAAAGUUACAGCAUUGAAGUUUUCACCUUGGAAAAGUGAAGGCGAAAAGGGUGGACACAAUGAAUGGACCUGUGGAUGGCCUGUGUGACCAUUCUCUAAGUGAAGAAGGAGCCUUCAUGUUUACAUCAGAAUCUGUAGGAGAGGGGCAUCCAGAUAAGAUCUGUGACCAGAUCAGUGAUGCAGUGCUGGAUGCUCAUCUCAAGCAAGACCCCAAUGCCAAGGUGGCUUGUGAGACAGUAUGCAAGACAGGUAUGGUGCUGCUGUGUGGGGAGAUCACCUCAGUGGCCAUGGUUGACUACCAGCGGGUGGUGAGAGACACCAUCAAGUACAUUGGCUAUGAUGACUCUGCCAAGGGCUUCGACUUCAAGACCUGCAAUGUGCUAGUAGCUUUGGAGCAACAGUCCCCAGAUAUUGCCCAAUGUGUCCAUCUAGAUAGAAAUGAAGAGGAUGUUGGUGCAGGAGAUCAGGGUCUAAUGUUCGGCUAUGCCACAGAUGAGACAGAAGAAUGCAUGCCCCUCACCAUUAUUCUCGCUCACAAACUCAACACCCGGAUGGCAGAUCUAAGGCGCUCUGGUGUCCUUCCCUGGCUGAGACCUGAUUCUAAAACUCAGGUGACAGUUCAGUACACGCAGGAUAAUGGCGCGGUCAUCCCUGUGCGCAUCCACACCAUCGUCAUUUCUGUACAACACAACGAAGACAUAACCCUGGAUGCCAUGCGAGAGGCCCUGAAGGAGCAGGUGAUCAAAGCUGUGGUGCCAGCCAAGUACCUGGAUGAAAACACCAUUUACCACCUGCAGCCAAGUGGGCGCUUCGUCAUUGGAGGUCCCCAGGGGGACGCAGGUGUCACAGGCCGCAAGAUUAUUGUGGACACAUAUGGAGGCUGGGGUGCUCACGGUGGUGGUGCCUUCUCGGGAAAGGACUACACCAAGGUGGACCGCUCAGCAGCUUAUGCUGCCCGCUGGGUGGCCAAGUCCCUGGUAAAGGCUGGGCUCUGCCGGAGAGUACUUGUUCAGGUGUCCUAUGCCAUUGGUGUGGCAGAACCACUGUCCAUUUCCAUCUUCACCUAUGGGACCUCCAAGAAGACCGAGCGGGAACUGCUAGAGGUGGUGAACAGGAACUUCGACCUCCGGCCCGGUGUUAUUGUUAGGGACUUGGACCUGAAAAAGCCGAUCUACCAGAAGACUGCAUGCUACGGCCACUUUGGGAGAAGCGAGUUUCCCUGGGAGGUCCCCAAGAAGCUUGUGUUUUAGAGCUGAUGGGAGAUUUGGCUUUGUUCCAUACUCUCCUCUUCUCUGGGAUCUGGACUCCCAGAUCUCCUAGCCUCCCCCUGAGUGCUCUCCCUGCUCCUACUCUCAGGGCAAAGCCAGCUUCUUCUAAUUUCUCCCUAUCCAGCAUCUGCAAACAUCUCAUGAAUGACAUGGCAAGUGACUUUCUGGUGUGAGGUUAUCAGGUCUCCUUGCAAGGAUAGUCAGUGUUCCCUGUCUGUCCCUCAGAUUACAGCAAUAUUGAUUUUGUGAAAAAUUCACCUUGUCAGGUAUGAAUUUGCUCCCUCAUCUCCUGCCAUAGUCUGAACCUGACUAGGCCAUCCCUUCCUCCCUCCUGGGUAGGCAUCUGCCCAGAUGAAUGUAUUGCAUAUACCUCUGGCUUCCCCUUCACAUUUGCAGCCAGAGCUCCUGUUCUAGGGCUUUCUCAAGGCUCCUCUGAAACUGGGUAUCUGCCACAUAUAAAUAUGGUCCAUGUCCCCUGAGCAUUUGCACUGUGUGAGGGACUGAGCUGUGUGUUCAUCACAACACGAUAAGAUGACAUCUUUAUUAUCCACAUUGACAGAUGAGGAAGCUGAGGCACAGAGAGUCUAUGGAGCUCUCACUAGUCUCCACAGCCACAUGUAUCAGAGCCAAGAAAUGGAUCUAGGAUUUUCACUCUAUCUGCCUUACAUCUGCAUCCCAAACCAGAUGUUGGCCUGCAUGAUGACCAAGUAGAUUGACUUGAGGAUGUGGCCUUUUAUUUAAGGCCUUGACUUCCUGGAAAUUAGGAGUGAACCCAGUGGUUCUUGGUGAGCCCUGGACAGUGUUCAAGGAAGUCAAGAUGGAAACUUUUAAGUGUCUCAUUUGUUCUGAAAGAGAGCUCAAGGCAAGCUUGGUAUCUUGGCCUGUCAAGCUGGGCUGAAGUCUGGAAUAAAGAAGUUUCAUGGUCUUAGCUCCCAUUAUUCAAAGACAGGUGUGUGAGUCCUCUGGGCAUGGAGUCUGAUCAUCGACAGCCCCAUGUGUUUCUAUCCCCAUAGAGGGGAGGCAGCAGCUUGUUCCAGCACAGGCAACAGGCCUCUGGUAGGUUACCCUGCCCUCUCAAGGCUUUCUCCUUCCCUGGACCCUCAUGCUUAUGCUGCAUAAAUGCUGCUUUAGAAGUGAAUGACCCAGGUGCAUAGCCAGCCCCCAAGUAGUGUACAAGUUAUCCAGCAUCUCAUGAGAACUGGUUUUAACCAGGUAGCCUUUGCAGGCCAUAUCUGUCCACCAGAGUCCUGGAAGCCACAUGUUCCUAUGCUGUCCCAUCAUGAUCAGCACCACAAUCCAACUUGUCCCUAGCCAGAGCCUCCUCACAGCAGACCCUCUCCCAGUUCCCAGGGACAUGGGUUCAGGAAGGGACCUGGCUUACAGUGCUGUUUCUGGCUAGGAGAAGGGCUGGGAAGCUUUAUGAAGGAGCAGAUGCCUUGUAUCUGUGCCUCGACUGGACCCCAGAGACCCCAGAUUUCCCCUUUUCACAAAGGUGAGGAAUAGCAGAGGGGAAUGCCCUAAUGGCCAAAAGACUUGGAGCUGUGUGUGACAUAGAAGAUUGGGUCUCUCCAUAGGUUUCCUGGCUGCCUGGAGCCAAGUUCCUCAUAGCAAGGGAAGCAGAUGGUUGAGUUCCUGUAACUUAAGUAAUGUCUAAAUAAAAAUCCAGAAUUAUAUACUUCCCCUAACCCUAAGAGUAAUGAGACUCUUUUUUCCUUUCAACCUUUCAUAUGAAACAAAGCCAAUAUUUGUUACCAUUACCUGAUAGUAUGAUGAAUAAAAACUCAAGGAGCAAUGA